AUUCAUAACUUAAAAAUCACACCGUUUUCCAUAAUCUUCUCGCUUUCCCUGUCUCAAUUCUCUCUCUCUUUUUCUCUUUCAGCUAUCACAUUGUUCUCUAUUUCUACAUUGUUUUCUUCCUCGUCCAAAACCAUGUCUUCAUCUAUCAGAAACCUUCUUCCUAGAUCAUUUUCUUCCAAACGAAAAUCUACUUCAAACCCUAAAUUCCCAAAUUCAGAUGCUGAAAAUACUCCCCCUACAGACCCCAACAUUAUUCAGGACGACCACCACCAAUCGUUGCCUCUCACAGUCAAACAAUCACACUCCAAAACCCUAAUUUCAUCCCAAUCGAAACCCACUCUUGAAUUGGAUCCAUCAGUGAAGGUUGUAGUACGAAUUAGACCUACAAGUGAUAACGGAGUAAUAGGAGAUCGAACCGUUAAGAAGGUUUCUUCUGAUACCUUGAGUGUUGGGGAUAGGCAAUUUAAUUUUGAUUCGGUAUUUGACUCCAACACAAGUCAGGAAGACAUUUUUCAGUCGGUGGGAGUUCCCUUGGUUAGAGAUGCUUUAGCUGGUUACAACACUUCAAUUCUGUCAUAUGGCCAGUCUGGAAGUGGAAAGACUUAUACAAUGUGGGGUCCCCCAAGUGCAAUGUUUGAGGAGCCCUCGGCCCAUAGUCACAAAGGAAUUGUACCUCGGCUCUUCCAAAUGUUGUUUUCUGAGCUUGAAAAGGAGCAGCGCAUGUCUGAGGGGAAACAGUUCAACUAUCAAUGUCGGUGUUGUUUUCUUGAGAUUUACAACGAACAAGUUGGGGAUUUACUUGAUCCAACCCAGCGGAACCUUGAGAUGAAAGAUGACUCAAAAAAUGCAUUGUAUAUAGAGAAUCUGACUGAGGAAUAUGUCACUAGCUAUGAUGACGUGACACAAAUUCUGAUCAAGGGCCUCUCGAGCAGAAAAGUUGGAGCAACAACCUUAAAUUCUAAGAGCUCUAGAUCACAUAUAAUUUUCACUUUGGUGAUUGAGUCUUGGUGUAAGGGAACCUCAAUAAAUGGUUUCAGUAGUUCAAAAAGUAGCAGAAUUAGCCUUAUUGAUCUUGCUGGACAGGACAAGAACAAAGUUGAUGGUGCAGGCAGACAAUGUCUAAAGGAAAGCAAAAAUGUAAAGAAGUCCUUAUCGCAACUAGGGCACUUAGUAGAUGCUUUGACUAAAGAAAAUUGCUUGGGAAAAGCAGAAAUUCCGAACAGAAAUUCCUGUUUAACACGUUUACUAAGUGAAUCACUCGGUGGAAAUGCCAAACUCUCAGUAAUCUGUUCCAUCACCCCAGAUAACAAGAAUAAUGGCGAAACGCUGUGCACACUCAGAUUUGGACAGCGAGUAAGAUCCAUUAGAAAUGAGCCUGUUAUCAAUGAAAUAAAGGAGGAUGAUGUUAAUGAUUUGAGUGAUAAAAUCCGACUGCUGAAGGAAGAACUUAUUAGAGCAAAGGCUGAUGUUCAUAGCUCAGAUGGGAAUAAAAAUGGAUACUUCCAUGUACAGAAUGUUCGAGAGAGCCUUAAUCAGUUGAGGGUCAGCUUAAACCGCUCUCUACUCCUACCUAACAUUGAUAAUGAUUCUGAUGAAGAGGCGAAUGUGGACGAGGAGGACAUAAGGGAAUUACGCCAGCAGAUUGAUGAGUUUUAUAGUUCAUGUGACGGGAAUCUUAAAGACAUAUCUGUCAGUGAAGAUUGUGCCCAGUAUUAUUCAAUUGAGGAAAAUUGUGAUGCAGAUAACACUUGUGGUGAUGAUGAAAUUGAAAAAGGGGAAGUAUGUUCCGGAGAAACAUUGAGCAAGCUUAGUCAUGAAGACAGUGAGGCAUCAGCUAACACCUUGUAUGCAUCAGCCAACACCUUGUACGCAUCAGCCAACACCUUGUAUGCAUCAGCCAACAACACCUCAAGGGCUAUUAGAUCUUCAUUCACAGAUAGCAUUUCAGUCAGUUCAUCCUAUCAGUCUCCAAUGCUUGAGGAACCGCAACAGUCCGAGUCUCCAAAAAUCAGGAAUAUACAGAGGAAGAGUGUAGCCUUCUCAUCUAGUUGUCUUGGAAGUUCAAAGAAAGUGGCAGAGGAGAAUUCAAGUUCCACUAAGGGUUUGUUGGGACAGUCAUGUACAAAGGAUGAACUUAUGCGAUCCUCACUAAGAUUGAGCAAGGUUUUUCCUGGUCCGACUGAGUCCUUGGCAGCAAGCCUUAAGAGAGGAUUGCAGAUAAUUGAUUGUCAUCAGCGGAACUCAUCAUUGAAUAAAUCCUCUACUUCUUUCUCUUUUGGGCGCUUAAGCUUUGCUGAUUCUUGCGAUCCAACAAUGCAACAGAAGAAAUAUUCCAUUGAUGAGAGAACUGCUACAAUGCUUUGCGAUUCUUGCCAUAAAAAGAUAUCUGAUCAGGAUUCAAGUGAGGUUAGAGGUAGCUUAAAGUCGUGCAUUGACACUGCCAAAGCAGGAAAUCUGGAUGGACCAACAGAUAAGGCUCCAAAAGAUUUGGAGAGUAUAAUGGAAAAAGAAAUCACGAGAGAAGAGGAGCUCGAGAAUGUUUGCAAGGAGCAAGCAGCUAGAAUUGAUGAACUAAAUCAAUUGGUGGAGAAACUUAAAGAAGAAAAAGAACUAAACUCCAUCAUUGUGUAUGGUCAAGAAAGUAGCAAGCAGAUUGAACUGGCAGAAGAGGACAAUAACUCAGUGAAAGAUGAAUGCAAGCUUCUGAGGAGCACUUCCUCAGACGACAGUCGCUUAGAAGAAAAAUGUGAAAUUAAAGAGGUCCGGGAAGAAUUAACUCAAAGAAGCGUCUCUUUUGAUGUUACUGAGAAGGAAGAACUUCUCAAGGAAAUUCAGAAUUUGAGAAGCAAGCUGCAAUUAUGCAGUGACGCACCAGUUAAAAUGUCCACCGACAAACUGAGAUCUUCAUUAAUAUCAAGAUCUAUUCAACUGCGAAAAAGUGGUGUAUUUUCUCUUGCUAAUAAUGGUGAGGAAGAGCUUGAGAAAGAAAGAGAGAGAUGGACAGAAAUGGAAAGUGAGUGGAUUUGCCUUACUGACGAACUAAGAGUUGAUCUCGAGGCCAACCGGCAUCGAGCAGAAAGGGUGGAGCAGGAAUUGAGGUUAGAGAAGAUGUGCACUGAGGAGUUAGAUGAUGCACUGAAAAGAUCGGUUCUUGGACAUGCUAGAAUGGUAGAACACUAUGCUGACCUCCAAGAAAAGUAUAAUGAUUUGGUUGCAAAACACAAUGCUGUAAUGCAUGGCAUAGCCGAAGUGAAGAAGGCGGCAGCAAAAGCUGGAAAAAGGGGUCAUGCCCGCUUUGCCAAAUCUCUUGCCGCCGAGCUUUCUGCAUUGAGGGUGGAGAGGGAAAGAGAAGCGAAAUUCUUGAAAAAGGAGAACACAAGUCUGAAGAUGCAACUUAGAGACACCGCAGAGGCUGUUCAUGCAGCUGGAGAACUACUUGUCAGACUCAGAGAAGCUGAACAUGCAGCUUCUUCUGCAGAGGAUAAUUUUACAAAAGUGCAACAAGACAACGAAAAGCUAAAAAAGCAAAUGGAUAAGCUCAAAAGAAAACACAAGAUGGAGAUGAUUACCAUGAAGAAUUACCUUGCAGAGAGCAAAUUACCAGAGUCUGCACUGAAACCGCUAUAUCGAGAGGAUUCUGAUGUGGUACAACACAAUGCAACUCCCUAUCAGGAAGAAGAUCAGGCAUGGAGAGCUGAAUUUGGAGCAAUCUAUCAAGAGCAUUACUAAUUUGACUGUUGUUGAUUUGAUUAGAAAUGGAUGAAUUUGAAUUUGAUCCUACUUGGAUCAAAAAGUAUUCAUUCAUAAACAAACUACUUUGUAUUCUUUGUAUUUGUUUAAAUUCAUUGUAUUUUUAGUCAGUGUGGAACUUCAAUUCUUUUGUCUGCUUGUUCUGACAUCAGGUGAAUAGUAUAUAACAUUGAAUGAUUGUUAUUUGUCUGCUUGAGUUUUUCUGGCUGUGCAGAA